AGGUAUCACCCCCGAAACUUAAUUUUGUAUGGUAUUACUCCAGGCUCAAAGGAGCUUGAUGCCAAUCAGCUUCAAUUAUUUAUGAAGAACUACGUUGAUGAUUUGCUCUGCCUUUAUGAUGAAAGAAUCACGCUCAAGACACAAAAGUAUCCCAAUGGAAAGUCAAAUUAUAUCUUUGAGUUCAAACCUUAUUCAGUUGCAUUUUCAGGUCGCUGUGUUCCUGUAAUUCUGGUUGCAGUAUGCUGUGAUCAUCCAGCAAUGUGUAAGGUUUGUGGAUUUGGCAGCCACAGUAAAAAGGAAGGAUUCUGUUCAUGCUGCCACAUCCUGCAGUCAGAACUACGAACAAAGGCAGGAUUCCCUCGACGAGAUGGUGAGCAACAUAAGAAACAUGCUCGAGAAUAUGCAAACCUGGAGUCCAAGGAACGCGACAAAUUUUUCACCAAGCACAGUGCUCGAUGGUUUGAACUCAUUCACUUGCCAUAUUUUGACCCCAUUCGCAUGACUGUGAUUGACCCCAUGCACUGUUUUUGCUUGGUAAGGCACAUCAACGUUAUGCACUUGUCAUAA